GGUAGUGGGGUCGAUCAGUGUUUACAUACCUUCGAUAUGAAGCAACUUGUUGAUCCGUCCGGCCGGCAAAGUUUUCGCGACAAGCAACAUGGUCGCACAUCAUGUGGCGAAAGCACAGAUAAACAUGCCUCAGACAUGGAUUUCAAGGUUGCGUUUUCAGCCUUGGAGGCCAUGUGUGAAGAAAAUAUUUCUGCUUUUUGUGGACCUUCUGAUCUCGCCGACGGCACUGUUACCCAACGCUUGGUGGUUUGCAUGAAACAGAUUCAAGAACACGGUCGAGCCCUUGAGCCUAUGGUCACCAGCUUCACUUCCAUCUGCCACCAUUAUGACUUUGACGCGCAAACACCUGGAAAUGGGUAUCGCACCCUGAUCAAGGUGUUGCAGUCAUGUAUUUUGCACAUCCUACACAAGGGUCACUACAUUGCCUCAAAUCACAAGAGCACCUUCUUCAGAGUGUACCACAAUGCCUCAGAGAUGGAGGCCUACUGCACCGCCCUGUGCCAGCUGCGAGCGCUGCUCUACCUCGCCAAGCGGCUGAUCAAUGACAACGAUUUUGGCCAGCUGUACUCACUACAGGAUCUCGACCUGAGCCACAGAUAUGUGCAGGAAUACAGCUCACUGCACAAAGCCUGUUUCUAUGGCCGGUGUCUGGGCUUUCAGUUCUCACCAAGUCUUCGUCCGUUCCUCCAGACUAUUGUCAUAAGCAUGAUCUCUUAUGGUGAGACUUAUGGUAAACAGCAGUCUGGGCUGGGUUUGGCAGCCCUGUCUCUCCUCACAUCAGGAAAGUACGUCAUUGAUCCAGAGUUGCGUGGUUCAGAAUUCGAACGCAUUACUCAGAACCUGGACAUGCAAUUUUGGAAGUCCUUCUGGAACAUCACAGAGUCUGAGAUUUUAACAGGCUUCAGUAGAAUAGCUUCCUACCCCGUACAGUUGAACCUCACUCUUACGAUACCUCCUGUCCCAUUACGCCUCCCCCUGGCAUCGGACCCGAAUCUGUCUGCUACUGUGUCACCUCCACUGGCCCACUGGGGUCCUGGGCCAGUCCACAUGCGUCUGAUCUCCCACGAGAUUCGUGAAGGACAGGACAGUGAGGAGCUCCUGGCUUUUUCUCGUGGCGAUCCGUCCUCUGUCUCUGCAUCCAAUCUCCCGUGGGUGCAGAAGCAACCCCUAUCCCCGUGGUUGCUCAUUCACUUCCACGGAGGAGGCUUUGUGGCCCAGACUUCCAGAUCACAUGAGAAUUAUCUGCGAAGCUGGUCGAAGCAGUUGAAUGUUCCUGUCCUCUCUGUUGACUACUCUCUGUCACCUGAAGCGCCCUUUCCUCGAGCUCUUGAGGAAUGUUUUUACGCUUACUGCUGGGCCUUGAAAAACUGCCAUCUGCUUGGUUCGACAGCAGACCGUGUCUCUCUGGCAGGAGACAGCGCUGGGGGCAACCUCUGCAUUACUGUGUCCAUGAAGGCCAUGACGUGUGGUAUCCGAGUCCCUGACGGCAUUAUGGCCGCCUACCCUGCCACCUUGCUCACCACGGACGCCUCGCCCUCUCGCUUGCUCACACUCAUUGACCCACUGUUACCUUUGGGUGUUCUUGCAAAGUGCCUCAAUGCCUAUGCAGGUGUGGACUCUCAGACUGUACAGCCGGCUGUGGGAGGCAACAGUCUGACGGCUCUGGGCAGAGAAACUACCGCACUGCUCAGUGAUCUCACUCAGGGAGCAACCAGCUGGAUCCAGUCCUUUCUGCCGCCCAUGUGGCCCACAAGUGGAGCCGGCUCACGAACAUCAAGACACAAAGAGUCCCCAAGCAUGGACACACACAGGAAUUUAAGCCAUUCCUCACCUCCAAACUCCCAAUGUCAUCUGGAUUACCCAGUGGGCUUUGAGCCCCUGCGCUCCGAAUGCCUUGCAGUUGUUCAGCCGACCUCCUCCCCUAUCAUCAGGAACCCGUUUGUGUCACCGCUGCUGGCGCCUGACAGCCUUCUUCGAGGCCUGCCGCCUGUUCACCUAGUGGCCCCUGCUCUUGAUGCUUUACUGGAUGACUCUGUGAUGUUUGCCAAGAAGCUGCGAGACAUGGGCCAGCCUGUAAGCUUGACGGUGGUGGAGGACCUUCCGCACGGCUUCCUCAGCCUUUCGCAGCUCUGCAAGGAGACAGAGGUUGCUGCAGAAAUCUGCUUGGAGAAAAUAAGGGAGAUUUUUCAGGAAGGGAGCACCAAAAACUGUUCUGACAAAGCUAGAAGAGAUUAAUCACACUUUGAUUCCUCAAUGGUAUUUUGUAGGAGUGUUUCAUAAGUGGGAAAAGAAACAAUCUACAGUUUUUGGGGAAAGUUAAAUUUAAAUCCAUACCCAAUAGUGUCUUCUGUCGGAGUCACAGAAAAAUCCACUUAAAUUAAAAAAAAUAUAUAUCUCAUUGGUUUUAUUAUCAUCAGUGGCAACACAAUUUGUUGUGUUUCCCCAAUGUUUGUGUAAAAAAGAAUUGCAGAUGGGGUUAUAUAGUGCACAAAACGUGCAGUUGAUGGAGUUCACGUGCCUUUAAGCUGUCUAGUGUAUGUACAUUACUGAAAUAAGACACUAGGUUUCCGAACAUUCCAAGAUUAAUGGAUCACACACAAAAUGCUUUACAGAUCCACCAUUUCAUUAUAUGUGAGUACUACUGUGGCCUUCACCUUGUAUUGCUCAAAGCAGGGAAUUUACUUGGUGUUAAUAUUUCUUAAUAAUAUUUAUUACAGUGUAAUAUUUAAAGCCUUAUUAAAUCAAAAAUGCAAUAGUG